AGUCAGUGCCAUGAUUUAUUUGUCACUGCAUUAGGAGUUACCGAUGAUGAGGCACGAGCUGAGAUGGGUCGCUUCAGUGGUAGUGCGGUUACACUUGAAUGGUUAAGGCAGAGAUUUCACAAAGUAUCGAAUGAUGAGUCACCUGAAUUUAUAGAGCGUGCAGCAAGGGGUUACCUAUUAUAUCUAUUAGGUUGCACACUCUUUGCGGAUAAAACAGGGAAUAGGAUAUCUCUCAUUUACUUGCAUUUUCUACGGGACUUGAAUAGCGUUGGGGGUAUGCAUGGGGCGCAGCAGGAUUAGCGUUCUUGUAUCGGCAAUUAGGACUUGCUUCUAGACUUGGAUGUAGGCAAAUUUCUGGAUAUUUGACUUUACUAGAGGCAUGGAUCUUCGAGCAUUUUCACAAGAUUGCUACUCCCCAUGUUAACGUUCAUUACUUAGAGGAUCAGCCGCGUGUGCGCCGUUGGACCCCACGAAGGGAUGCAGGGUUAUCAUUACAGCAUUUGCAGGCAAUGCGACAACGACUUGAUCUUAUGCAUGAUACUGAGGUUGUCUGGGAUCCAUAUCAUGGUCAGACAGGACAUCAUUCUUUACCAAAGAUGACAUUCUAUACUGGUCUCCUCAAGUGUGUGGAUAUCGUGGAGCCUUAUUAUGUUGAUAGGGUUCUACGAUAGUUUAGCCUUGUUCAGACAAUUCCCCGAAUGACAUAUACCCCUUCUCGAGUUCAACGGAGCACUGAUACAAAAAUGUACAAGGUUGUGCAUACGUACUUUGAUGGGAUUUGGCAAAGGCGUGAAUAUCACCUUUUGGGACCAGAAAACCUUAGCAGGGAGGUUAUAGCCCCAUCAGAUUGUGAUCCUGGGUACCACUCAUGGUAUCGUAAAAUCACCCAUCCAUACGUGCAUCACCCUGAUCGUAGGUCUGCUGCCAUACGGCCACAUGACAUAAAUGAUCCACAUCAGCGCAUAGCACGUCUUCUAGCCAUCAUGGAGCCUAUUUCACAGUCUAAUCUCCAUUGUGCUUGUGGAUUUUACGAGGCAUUUGAGCAAGUCUGGUCAAUUUUGCAAGGUACUCGGGCAGCCCAAAACCUAUAACUCGUUCAACCAAGUGUCAUUUAAAUAUUCAUGUGCAUAUAAAAUUGAUGCUGGAAGAAGAC